GGGGAGGGGAGGAGGGGAUCCAGAAUGGCUGAGGAGAAGAAGCUGAAGCUGAGCAACACCGUGCUGCCCUCGGAGUCCAUGAAGGUGGUGGCCGAGUCCAUGGGCAUCGCUCAGAUUCAGGAGGAGACCUGCCAGCUGCUGACAGAUGAGGUCAGCUACCGCAUCAAGGAGAUUGCACAGGAUGCCUUGAAGUUCAUGCACAUGGGGAAGCGGCAGAAGCUCACCACCAGUGACAUUGACUACGCACUGAAGCUAAAGAACGUCGAGCCACUGUAUGGCUUCCACGCUCAGGAGUUCAUUCCUUUCCGUUUCGCCUCUGGUGGCGGCCGGGAGCUUUACUUCUAUGAGGAGAAGGAGGUUGAUCUGAGCGACAUCAUCAAUACCCCUCUGCCCCGAGUGCCCCUGGAUGUCUGCCUCAAAGCUCACUGGCUGAGCAUUGAAGGCUGCCAGCCAGCUAUUCCAGAGAACCCACCCCCAGCUCCCAAAGAGCAGCAGAAGGCUGAAGCCACAGAACCCCUGAAGUCAGCCAAGCCAGGCCAGGAGGAAGACGGCCCCUUGAAAGGCAAAGGUCAGGGGGCCACUCCAGCUGACGGCAAAGGUCAGUACUGCUGGGCCAGGCCUCUGCUGGAGGGGGCGCCUCUGCGACUGAAGCCCCGAAGCAUCCACGAGUUGUCUGUGGAGCAGCAGCUGUACUACAAGGAGAUCACAGAAGCCUGUGUGGGCUCAUGUGAGGCCAAGAGAGCGGAGGCUCUGCAGAGCAUCGCCACGGAUCCAGGGCUCUACCAGAUGCUGCCGCGCUUCAGCACCUUCAUCUCAGAGGGGGUGCGCGUGAACGUGGUGCAGAACAACCUGGCCCUGCUCAUCUACCUGAUGCGCAUGGUGAAGGCGCUGAUGGACAACCCUACUCUGUAUCUAGAGAAAUACGUGCAUGAGUUGAUCCCGGCUGUGAUGACCUGCAUCGUGAGCAGACAGCUGUGCCUGCGGCCAGAUGUGGACAAUCACUGGGCGCUCCGGGACUUUGCCGCCCGCCUGGUGGCCCAGAUCUGCAAGCAUUUCAGCACAACCACUAACAACAUCCAGUCCCGGAUCACCAAGACCUUCACCAAGAGCUGGGUGGAUGAGAAGACCCCGUGGACAACGCGCUACGGCUCCAUCGCAGGCCUGGCAGAGCUGGGACAUGAUGUGAUUAAGACUCUGAUUCUGCCGCGGCUACAACAGGAGGGGGAGCGGAUCCGCGGGGUCCUGGAUGGCCCCGUGCUGAGCAACAUCGACCGCAUAGGGGCUGACCACGUGCAGAGCCUCCUCCUGAAACACUGUGCCCCUGUUCUGGCAAAGCUGCGCCCACCGCCUGACAAUCAGGAUGCCUAUCGGGCAGAAUUUGGGUCUCUUGGGCCCCUCCUCUGCUCCCACGUUGUCAAGGCCCGGGCCCAGGCUGCUCUGCAGGCUCAGCAGGUCAACAGGACCACUCUGACGAUCACUCAGCCCCGGCCCACGCUGACCCUCUCACAGGCCCCCCAGCCUGGCCCUCGGACCCCUGGCUUGCUGAAGGUCCCUGGCUCCAUUGCGCUGCCUGUCCAGACACUGGUGUCUGCUCGAGCUGCUGCCCCGCCUCAGCCUUCCCCUCCCCCAACCAAGUUCAUUGUCAUGUCGUCAUCCUCCAGCGCCUCAUCCACCCAACAGGUCCUGUCCCUCAGCACCUCGGCCCCUGGCUCAGGCUCCACCACUACCUCUCCUGUCACCACCACCGUCCCCAGCGUGCAGCCCAUCGUCAAGCUGGUCUCCACCGCCACAAGCGCGCCCCCCAGCACUGCCCCCUCUGGUCCCGGGAGUGUCCAGAAGUACAUCGUGGUCUCUCUUCCCCCCACAGGGGAGGGCAAAGGAGGCCCCACCUCCCAUCCUUCUCCAGCCCCUCCCCCGACUUCAGCCCCCUCCCCUCUUGGGGUCAGCGCCCUAUGUGGGGGGAAACCGGAAGCUGGGGAGAGCCCCCCUCCUGCUCCAGGGACUCCGAAGGCUAAUGGUUCACAGCCCCCCGGAUCUGGCUCCCCUCCGCCUGCGCCUUGA